AAGCUUCUUCCUAACCCAGGCCCUCACAGGCCAUGGUUUCUUCGCCGAUUACUUGAAGAGAUUCAAGAUAAUAAGGAGUAACCUCUGUGUAUGCGGUAAUCUACAAAGUCCACAACACCUCAUCACUGAAUGUACAAAUACCCAAAUUGCUGAGAUCAGGGAACGGUACCCAGUAGAAAUGCUUGAUGUCACUCCCACCAACUUACAAAAUCUGAAUCAACUCAUCAAAGAACUCUUUCACAUCCGGGACUCCAUUAAAGUUAUAGCUGACAAAUCUACCACAGAUACUGAGGGAACGUCAGAUGUGGAUGAUCCAUCACCUUUAACCACACUAUAUAGUCUCCAAGAACUACCUCCUACUACCAGUAUCACCAGCACACCAAUACCAAUGCACCUGCAGUCACCAUCACCAGUCUCUAUACUCCAAACACAACUAACACAAGUACCAGAAACCACCAACAAAAACAACGGAGUAACAAGCUUACCUACCUACUCACCAUCAGCACUGAAGCUUGUGCCUAGAACAGUGCUGAUAGCUAGCGAGCUACUCAAGAGGAACCAAGAGGUCUGCAGCAGCCCAGUCACACAACAUUCAACUGAAUCCUGUAUUAGUUCGGAGGCCUCACAAGGAGGUGACCAGCAUCAUUCACCAGGGUUCGAAAACGAAUGGCUAGCUGCAAGGAGAAACUUCACAGCAAUUAACCUACCCAAAUUCAGUCCAAUGGUGCAACCUAUCAACCCAAUCCUGCAGCAAACAGACCACAUACUUGGCCCACUUUCUUCACCAACCUCAUCCCCUAGGAAGAGAAUCAUGGUAUCCAACUCCCUUUUCCAACAUACUACAGCAAUGCCACACCCUGAGCACAAUGUACUGUAUUCUCCUGCCAACACAACUACAACAACAUCAACAACUACUGCCCAACAUGGCCGUGUCAUCCGAAACUGUAAAAGCCCCCCUGCACACAACAUUAGCACAACACUGGGAACAGGGAGAUAUAAUAUUCCUGUUGUACACUCCAGUCCAGUUGAGGGGCACAGCACAUCAAUACCAGUGUACAAUGGUUGGAACAGCCCAGGCUUUCAACCCUGCAACUUCUCACCGUUAACCCUCACACCAACAGCUCACCAACAUAGAAUGGACUACACAAGUAGCUUUGAGGUCCAGUGCUCUCCAAAUCUGAUCCAGGUACCUAUCAGCAAGGUGUAUCCACCAAUCAACUUGAACAAAACAUCGCUGAAAGCUAAGCAGGUAGCAGACGCCUUUGAGAGUCACAAAAACAGAAUACAGUUCAUGCAUGGAGGGGUGACUCCAGGCUCUGUAGCUGAGGAAACACCAAAACAAGAUCAUUCAACUUUCUCCAUUGGUGGGAAGCUGGGCAUCAAAAAACCUCCAUCAAACUACACACCAAUGGGACCAUAUGUAAACCGACACAUCUUGGAGGAUGUAAACCGACGAAUAAUAUUCCUAAGGACCACCUUCCCCCCAACUCCCAGAAAGAGUAGCACUGAGCUCUCCACUUCUGUGGCAUACCAGCACUGGGAAGAGGCCUCAAAGGAGGCUGAACCCAGGAGGAUAAUCUCAACAGCCCAGAGACAGUUGCUCACUCAAGGAGGCCUGGAUCAUCCAUACUCCCUGAUAUUCAGUGACCAUGUCUACAUACCUGCUAUGCAAUACCUGGUGCUUCGUGGAAUCCAAGAGCGCUUCUACGCCCCAGUCAGUGCUGCUAGUGUGGGGGAUCUUCUCCCAUACGAACAAUAUCUUGACAUGCACGAACCAACACCUCGUGAUGUCGAGACCAGACUCAUCGCCUCUGCUGCAGAAGCAAUGAGGAGAAGAAGCUUGGGAAAUAUGGCUUUAACAGCAGUUGAGUCCAACGGCCUACUCACGCUGGAGGAAGCCAAUGAAGACAUAUUUCUUCAGGGACCCUCCUUUGCACUGGCACACUGUGUCAGCCAAGACCUCAGAAUGUCCGCUGGGAUAGCGAGGGACUUUGUCCGCCACUUUGGAGGCAGAGAGAUGCUACUGACCCAACCACACAAUGUGGGGGAAGUGGCAACUCUAAAGCGGAAAGUCGAAGGAACAGUGAGCCAGGGACAUUAUAUAAUAUUCUGUGUCGUCACAAAAAUCCAUUACUACGACAAACCAACAUAUAAGGACUUCUCCCUUGGCAUCCAAAAUCUUGCCAGGGAAUGUACCAGAAGAAAAAUAAAAAAACUCGCUAUCCCACGGAUUGGAUGUGGGCUGGACCAGCUUGACUGGGGCCAGGUACGGCCAAUCAUCGUAAGAGAGUUCAGGGAGAUACCUAUCAAUAUCAAGGUAUGUAACUGGACCUCCCCUAACACCCGCUCUAAAACGAAUUGAUAGCACUUGUAAAUAGAUUAUAUAACAAUGUAAUAAAGUAAAUAUUCUCCCCAAAUAUAUCUUAUUUAAUUUAAUUUAA